CGGGGCUUGGCGGGGCGCUCAGGCGCUGCUCCGGCCACCUCUGCCGGGUCCUAGGCGGCGGCAGCGGGGGAGGGGCCGCAGUCCUGGGGAAAGAUGGCGGCGCCCUGGUGGCGAGCUGUGCUGUAUGGAAGUCGGAGGUGGCGGGGCUUCAGCACCUCUGCCGCCCUCGGCCGCCGAACCGCCCCUCUGGGGCCGAUGCCCAACGAGGACAUCGAUGUGACCAACCUGGAGCGGCUGGAGAAAUACCGCAGCUUCGACCGCUACCGGCGCCGGGCGGAGCAGGAGGCGGGGAAACCGCACUGGUGGCGGACCUACCGGCAGCACUUCGUGGAGGAGUCAGAUCCCAAAGACAAGAUUGACAUUGGGCUGCCACCACCCAAGGUCUGCCGGACCCACCAGCUGCUGGAGCGAAAACGUGUCCUCCGGGAGCUGCGUGCCAACUCAGAGGAGGAGCGAGCUGCCCGCCUCCGCACAGCACGCAUCCCGCUGGAGGCUGUGCGGGCCGAGUGGGAGAAGACCUGUGGCCCCUACCACAAGCAGCGCCUGGCUGAGUACUGUGGCCUCUAUCGAGACCUGUUCCAUGGUGCCACCUUCGUGCCCCGAGUCCCCCUGCAUGUGGCCUAUGCUGUGGGUGACGAUGACUUGAUGCCCGUGUACCACGGCAAUGAGGUCACUCCAACGGAGGCUGCGCAGGCCCCAGAGGUGACCUAUGAGGCAGACAAGGGCUCCAUGUGGACACUGCUGCUCACCAACUUGGAUGGACACCUGCUGGAGCCGGAUGCUGAAUAUGUCCACUGGCUGGUAACCAACAUCCCAGGCAACAGCGUGGCUGAAGGACAGGAGACUUGUCCCUACCUGCCCCCAUUCCCUGCCCGAGGCUCUGGCUUCCACCGCUUUGCCUUCCUGCUCUUCAAGCAGGAUAAGCCGAUUGACUUCUCUGGGGACACCCGGCCCUCACCCUGCUACCAGCUUGCCCAGCGGACCUUCCACACUUUUGAUUUCUACAAGAAGCACCAGGAAGCCAUGACACCAGCUGGCCUGGCCUUUUUCCAGUGCCGCUGGGAUGAUUCGGUCACCCACAUCUUCCACCAGCUUCUGGACAUGCAGGAGCCCGUGUUUGAGUUUGUGCGGCCACCCUCUUACCACCCCAAGCAGAAGCGCUUCCCCCACCGGCAGCCCCUGCGCUACCUGGACCGGUACAGGGACAGUCACGAACCCACCUAUGGCAUCUACUAAGUGGCCAGAGUGCUACCCACCUCAGAAAGUGAACCGGGCCUCUCAGGCUCCACCAGCAGGAACAAUAAAGACACAGCUCCACUGGUCCGGGCUGUGGGCUUCUAGGCCCUGCCUGAGGCAGCCCCUUUGUGGUCCUCCCGACAAGCCCAGGGUUUGAGAAUGAAAAGAGCUCUCCGAGGGUGGUGGCAGGGGUAGAAGAUGUGAAUAAAGAUGAUUUUUGCUGUA